GUGAAGAGAACUACGUCAUGUUUUACUUUCAGCUCUGAAGUGCAACAACAGCGACCAGCAGCAGGUUUCAUCACAGUCCAAAGACUGGAUGAAUUUGGAAGAGUACUUCAAAAGAAUUGGUUUUCAUGGCUCCUCUGGUAAACUGGAUCUUUGAACAGUUCAAAGUUUACAUAUGCUGUAUNNCAUGGCGAUCCCAUUUGAGAACCUCAGCAUUCACUGUGGCGAGAAGAUCACCAUGGACCUUGAGGUGAUCUUCAAUAAGGUGGUGAGGAGCAGCCGUGGAGGUUGGUGCCUUGAGAACAACUAUCUGUUUAACUGGGUGCUGAGAGAAAUGGGCUAUGAGACGACGAUGCUGGGCUCCAGAGUUUUCGACAGAGUCCUCAAUGAGUUUCGGUCCGUCGACACUCAUCUCAUCAACAAAGUCGUCAUCGAUGGGAAGGCUUAUAUAACGGAUGUGAGUUUCGGGGUGUCCUUUCAGGUGCGAGAACCUCUGGAGCUCAUCUCUGGAAAAGACCAACCACAGGCAGCGGGUGUCUUUCGUCUCCUAGACAAAGGAGACGUCUGGGUGCUGGAAAAGACUGCUAGAAAACCACUGGUUGUCAAUCCAGAAUUUGCUGAAUCACACCUGGUGAACAGGAAUGAAAUAAAUCAGAUCUACUGCUUCACUUUGGAACCUCGCGGGGUUGAACAUUUCUUAGAGACAAACCACACACUCCAAACUGACCCGGUCUCAUUGUUCCCCAAUAAGUCCAUCUGCUCUGUGCAAACGCCCACAGGAUUCAAGGCCCUGAUUGGCUGGACCUACAGUGAGGUCACCUUCAAACCUGAGGAAGGUGUUGAUGCCUUUGAAAUAAGAGAUGCAACAGAUGAUGAGAUCGAGCAAAUUUUGAGAGAACACUUCAAUAUAAAGCUGCAAAACAAACUGCAGCCAAUAAACAACAAAAUACACUACAAAAUCUAG